AUGAAUACCAGUGCAACUACCAAUAUCAACAAUAAAAUCAACAUAAGCAACAACAAUGCUAUCAACGAUAAAAACAACACCAACUGCCCAUCAUCUGGUGGUGGUGGAGGUGGCGGCAUGCUGAGUACUUGUCCAAGACGUGGAACAAAACAUAAAAGUUUGACAGGUAAUCAUGCAGUGAUUUAGAUCGUUAGAAAACGACGUAAAUUACAGCAUUCUUCAAAAAGCGGAGAAUCCAGACUGGAGCAAGUACCACAAACGAAAAAUACAGUUGCCGUACUGAAUGAAUUGAAGCGAAAUCUUGUAUAUAAAGUUGAAUCACAAACCGGUCCUGUACAUGCACCGUUAUUCACAAUAUCGGUAGUGGUUGAUGGGCAAAAGUUUAUUGGAACUGGGCCGAGUAAAAAACUAGCUCGUGUCGCAGCGGCUGCUUCUGCUUUACGAAGCUUCAUUCAGUUCAAAGAUGGGGCAACGCUUACACCUAUUGAGCCAUUACAAAAUGUCGAUUUUACUAGUGAUGAUCCGAUGAUUGAGAACACUAUAUUUCCUCUUUCGGAUGCCGUGCCAGGGAUACAAGAGAAGAUAAUAUCUUCGAGUGGAAAGCCUCUGCCUGAUAAUGUCACUGUCAAUUCAAACAACAACAAUUCUUUACACAAUAAUAACAAAAGUUCAUAUAAUAGUAGCAACAAUAGCAGUUGCAGUAAGAGCAAUAGCAGCAAACAAAUUACCACCACAACCAACAACAACCGGCUAUGUGACUUUGCCGGUAACACCGUACCACAUUCAAUCAGCAACAACAGCAACAAUGUCAUAGUUUCAAAUAAUGGUAACAACAAUCGGAAGCAUAGAAAGGAGGCUGGCAUGUUGUCUGCUAGUGUGCAUUCUGCUAUUACCGACAUUGAGCGGCUGACGACGACGAUGACGACGAUGACAACGACGACGAUGACAACGACGACGACGACGAUGGAGAAACAAACUGCAAUUGCUGUCAACAACAUUAAUCAAAGCAGUGUUCACAGAACAGCCACAGCAGCGGCAUCCAGUAUAGUAACAAAUAUUGGAGCUACUGGAACCACUUGCAACGACAGUUACGAACAGUAUAUCAGCGUUAGUACUGGCCACAGUGUCACCACUGUCACUGCAGCUUCCACCGGUACCGCGUUAAAAAAUUGCACAGUUGCCAAUAUUAUUCCCGUAGACACUGCUCCAAUCAUUCCCAAAAACAAAACCAUACAAAAUACUACACUUAAAGCAAAACAGCAACAAAUCACUCAGAACAAUCCCAACACAAACACUGCUACUGCGAUUGUGAUGGUACCGUUGACGGUGCCAACGAGUGAACAAAUUCCAGCAUUCUUAAGCACACCAAGUGUACAAACAUGCCGUGCUCAGAAAAGCAAAAAUAGUCCUCCAAAUGAGAUUACUACAUUUCCCGCCAAAAAGCCAUCCAAGUUAAAGACGAGCUCUAGGGCGGUCACAAAUCCUUAUGCACAAAACGGUCAUCGGCAAGUGGUUGAAAAAAUUCAGCAAAGCUUAAACUUAUUUAAAAAUACGAAUGAAAAGGCUGUAGCAUGGAAGAAACGUUUUGAAAAGCUGAAAAUUUCAUCCGGCAAUGCGCUACGUAACAGUAGUGGGAAUGUUGUUUCAUCAGGCCACCAUCACCCGAAACCUCAACCGGAGAAAGGACCAGUUAUGCUUUUGCAUGAGCUCUUUACCGAUGCACAUUUCGAGUGUGUUUCAUCCGAUGGGCUUCAGCAUUCGAAAUUUACCGUCGUCGUUACAGUCAACGAUAACCAGCGCUUUGAAGGCACUGGACCGUCUAAGAAAAUGGCAAAAAAUGCCGCCGCCAAGGCUGCGUUGGCAUCGAUAUGCAACAUUUCGUUCAGCCCACUGCAGCAGUCCAAGUUUGGGUUGAUAAGCGCCUCCGGUGCCAGCAACGGAUCUGUCCUGGGUGGUCCUAACAGCGUUCAACAAUUGAAUGGGGACACGAGUUUCACACAGAACAAAAAUUUCGAGCUACCACAAACGUUUGCGGAUGCGGUUGGGAAAUUGGUAAUCGACAAGUUCAACGAGGUGAUGAAAGGAAGCGAUGUGUACAGCCGGCGUAAGGUACUGGCAGGAUUCGUAAUGACCUAUGGAUAUGACGUUAAAACAGCCCGUGUCAUUUCGUUGGCCACCGGCACCAAAUGUGUUAGCGGAGAACACAUGAGCGUUACGGGAUCCGUUAUCAAUGAUUCGCAUGCUGAAAUUAUAGCUCGAAGGGGUUUAAUGGAUUUUUUCUAUAGUCAGCUGGAUUUACUUUGCGUAAAAUCGACGUCGACAUCGUCACCGCAAACCGACGCAGGUCCUGGUUUGACGACAUCAGAGGAAAUGGGGAUGGACUUAAUUUUUAACAAACCCAGUGACGGUUUAAAUCUUUACACUUUGAAAGAGGGUAUUUAUUUCCAUUUAUACAUUAAUACAGCCCCAUGCGGUGAUGCACGAGUAUUCAGUCCGCAUGAAAAUGACAGCAUGGAUGUGGAUAAACAUCCCAACCGAAAAGCACGUGGUCAACUACGUACAAAAGUGGAAUCGGGUGAAGGAACAAUUCCUGUGAAGAGCAGUGAUGGCAUUCAAACAUGGGACGGUGUUUUACAAGGCCAACGUCUGUUAACCAUGUCCUGCUCAGACAAAAUUUCGCGUUGGAAUGUAUUGGGUUUGCAAGGGUCACUGUUAGCUUCCAUUAUUGAACCGAUUUAUCUACAUUCGAUUGUACUUGGUAGUUUGCUGCACCCGGCACACAUGUAUCGAGCAAUAUGUGGAAGAAUAGAAUGUGCCAUACAAGGACUUCCUCCACCAUAUCGUUUAAAUAAGCCAAAACUUGCGUUAAUGACGUCAGCAGAAUCACGCAAUCAAACGAAACCCCCAAAUUUUAGUAUUAAUUGGAUAACGAAUGGCACUGAGGUAGAGAUUGUAAAUUCGUUUACCGGCAAACUAAUCAAUAAUAAUACGAACACGAACAAAAUGUCACGAUUGUCGAAGCAAUCGUUUUAUCAACGCUACUCUACGAUUGUAGCCCGACUGCCAUGUAUGCCGUUCCGCGAAGUAAAACCUACAUAUUUUGAAACUAAAAUGUCCGUAGUGGAAUAUCAGCAAGCGAAGCGCGAAUUGUUCGCAGCGUUCAGCAAAGAGGACCUUGGUGAGUGGUUGAAGAAACCAAUCGAGCAAGAUCAAUUUACUUUGAUUGCGUCCACCACCACCAUCACCAUCAGCAAGGACAGUGAAUCGUCGCAUGUUGCGCAACAGCAAUCCCCCCAGCAAGCAGUGCCAAUGCCACCCGAAUUAAUUUCCGUAGUAAGCAACGCUUGCCACCAUUCCAACAGCAGUGGGGGGAAUGGCUCCAAAUGA